AUGGAGAGAAACGCAGACGCAUUUGAGAAGUUCCAAAGCAAAUUGAAGGCGGACGAUGCGAACGUAAUUGGGGCGCGCGACGAGUUGUUAUACGACAUGAUAAGGGCGUUACUAAAACAGAAAGAUGAGCAAACGAGACCGGUAUAUCACUUGAUGACGGAUUUGUCGAAAUCUUUGGGGGAUUUCGACGGCAGAACCGAAGUGGCAGAAGCAUGGCUGCGAAAGAUUGAUAGUUUAAAGUCACGGCAUGAAUGGCCGGAUAAUAUUGCGUUGGACAACGCAAUAAGCCAUUUGGUAGGUGCCGGACGUGAUUGGUACGACACGAAGAGGGACGAAAUAAAGUCAUGGGACGACAUUAAAGAAGGUUUCAGGUAUGCAUUCACACAUGUAGAGGAUGGAGAUAAAUCGAAGUGGGAACGCAUGAAGAAACGAGUCCAACUGAAGUCGGAAGAGGCCAUUGUAUACUAUCACUCUAAGAGAAAACUGUGCCAGGAUUUGAACCUUAGUUUCCGGGAGACUGAACAUAAAAUACUUCUCGGAACAAAACAGCCAAUAAUUGUAUCUUUUAUUUGUAUUAUUCAAAGAGAUAUAAAAAUUUUAAUUGCUUAUUCUUCAGUUGUUCAUAUAAGAAUAGUAUUAGGAGGAAUUUUUACUAUAAAUAUAUUAGGUAUUGUAGGUAGGUUUAUUUUAAUAAUUUCUCAUGGAUUAUGUUCUUCUGGGAUAUUUUGUCUUUCUAAUAUUAUUUAUGAACGAUCAGGAAGACGAAGAAUUUUAAUUAAUAAAGGUUUAAUAAGAUUUAUACCUUCAAUAACAUUAUUUUGGUUUCUAUUAUGUAGGUCUAAUAUAGCAGCCCCUCCUUCAUUAAAUUUAUUAGGUGAAAUUAUAUUAAUUAAUUCUAUAAUAAGUUGAUCAAUAAUAUUAAUAGUAUUAAUUAUAAUAAUUUCAUUUAUAAGAGCAAGGUAUAGACUAUAUUUAUUUGCUUAUAGUCAACAUGGAAUAAGAAGAAUAAGAUUAUAUUCUUGUUCUUCUGGAAGGGUUCGAGAAUAUUUAUUAUUAUUUUUACAUUGAUUUCCAUUAAAUUUAUUAAUUUUAAAAAGAGAUAUAUUUAUAAUU